GAGAAGUUGGCACUAGCAAGCCUGUCAAAGGAGGGCUGACACGGGGCGACGUUUUCGGCAAACUCCACCAUCUCUUGGGCCUUGGGGGAUGCCGGCAUGGACUGCCCUCUGGGGCUCUGGCAUGCCCUCCAAUGCCGCACAGUCGCCAUGCUCAGUACUUGUCUACUUUACGUUUCUUCACCUUAUAUGUCCUAUUUAUGUCACUGCAGCAAUGGCUGCACAAUGUGAAUGGCAAGACCAGCGUAAGGGCUUGAAGCGCAGCGUCGACGGUCACAAAGCCCAUUGCAGAAGGGUUGUUGCUAAACUGGAGGAGGCCAUUGUAGAGGCUGAGGAGCAGUGCCCGCACAAUUUCCGCCCGGCGCUGCCCAAGCUGUGCGAUGCGAACGAGGACGUGGCCAAGGUAGCUGGCACCGGCAGCGAGUUGGUGGAACGAUCUGACAGCGUGUAUGAGCACAGGCUCCAGGAGCUGCAAAACUGGAAGGACCGGGUCGAAUUCACGGCCAGGCACUGUGACUACGUCUUGUACUUCGAGCUGUGCGUUUUCUCCAGCUUUAAGAAGCUCCCCAAGUACCAGCAAGCGCUGGACGCGGGCGCUGAGGAGCUGGAGACGAUGUCAGCAGCCCUGGAUCUGCUGACUUACAUGAGCCAAGCGGAGUCGUUCGACGAUGAGGUCAUGCAGGACAUUUUCAUCACGCCCGGAAACCAGCUAAUGCGCGAGGCGUGGUAUGAAGAGGUCGUGCGGCAGGGCCUGCAGGUCGACGAGUAUGUGGCCCUACGCCAGUUCAAGGGACUGACGAACAACUGCUUUCGCGACCACGACCGCGCCAAGCCCGCGGACGCGCUGCGGGUGCUCAAGUCGUCUCUGCCGGUGCCGGCGGACUGCGCGCAGUACAAGCAGCCUCUAAUGAAGCUGCUGGAGUUGCUGUCGAGAUUCGCACCGCGCCGCCAGUAAUGUGCUGUGUGUUGCCGGAGCUGUUGCAGCCGCCUCAGCAGCUGCCCACCCCUGGCACCUGCAGCAUGAGGCGCAGCUAGCCACCACGUGUUGGUAUGGAGCAGCCUUAGCGCGGAGAGGAAAGGACCACAUGACAGCAACAAGCACAGCAGCCAGGGAGGUCGCCGUACACCUUCAAUUGGGGCAGCCUGCCUGCCUGCCCCUGCCCCGUGCUUGCCAUUGCGACUGCUAGAUAGGCACCUGGUUUGGCUAUGUGCCUGUGGAAACCGACCCCGGCUAUAUCCGGGCGAUGAGGUUGUUCGGCCUCAGACUGUGGAGGGGCUCAGCCCCUUUUCCCGUGACCGGGGAACACUUGUCUACGCUGCAAGUGAACUGCACAUCAGUUUGCAGGCAUGUUAGUCGGUUCAGCAAUUGUAUUCAUGCUGAAAAUGAGACUCAGUCCAUCUCAUCCGUUUUGAUUCACUGAGUGCUAAGCCGUAAGAGGCUGGUUGCUAUGCUGUGUGUAUGUGACUGUAAAGCUGUAAAUGUGCUUGUUGUGGUGGAAGAAGGGUGUGUGUCGGGUGUGUGUGUGUAUUUGUGUUUGUAUACAGGUGUAAUAAAGAUGAACGAGUUACGACAGGAGUUACGAGUUGUGAACGGGUAUGUGGAGGGGUUUUACUGGAAUAGCGGUUAACAAAGAUGCGAUUGUGUUAAUCGGUUAGGUGAUUCCUUCCGUCCACCAUCAACCCCUAGCCUCGGCCGCGUCGGCUCUUUGACAGGAUGGUAUGGAUUGCAUGCAUGGGGCAGAGCGCAUGGCAACCAGGCAUCUGGUGUGCACACGUUUGCCCGGUUUGGUCAGCCGCGGGCACUCGUUUGCUUGUAAUAUUUCAGCACA